AUGGGUAUGGACAAGCUGGGACAUGAAAAUGAUCAGCGGGCUCUAAGAGUUCAGGAUGUCUGCCUGGCUUCUCUGUGCCAUCGUGUGAAUUUACGUUUUAGUACGCACUCAGAGAAAAGUGCAGAAGAAAUGAGUGCAUCUUCUGACACUCAGGGGAAAGAACUGGAGAAGCUUGCUUCCGGCCAGGCUUUUGAGCUGAUCCUCGGCCCUCGGUCAAAAGAAUCUCUCCCUGAUUUUUCCCUUUCUCUCCCAAAGAAGAAGGAUCUUUCCCCGAGGGAAACUCAGAAGAAAUUAGAAGCUGCAGAAGAGAGACACAAGCCUCAUGAAGAGGAAGUCUUGAAGCAGCUUGCAGAGAAACGGGAGCAUGAAAAAGAAGUGCUCCCGAACGCUAUCGAGUAUGACAACAACAAUUUCAGCAAAAUGGCAGAGGAGAGUCUGACCCACAAGAUGGAGGCUAACAAAGAGAAGCAGGGGAUGCAAAUGGCUGAGCUGGAGCGUUUGUGAAAGAAGAACAAGCACGUUGAAGAGGUAUGGAAGAAGAAAGAAUGCAAAAAUCCUGCACGUGAGACCUGGGCUGACUAA